AUGGUUGCUCUACCUAAGAAAUACACGCGGUUGGUCCAGUAUCUGGGGGUAGUGACACUGUUGGUUGUCGGGUUAUUUUACUUCAAUUUACAUGGAAAUAUAACGCUACUGUUAAAAAACGGUGAAGGCGGUGUUCUCAGCCGCUAUUCAAGAGAUCCAGAAGCCCCUUUGAAUGGUAUAGUAGUUAAUUUUGGGUUACAGCGCUGCUAUCACCUUGCAACAUGGGUAAGGAUAUGUCCUUUCAAAGAAAGUACUCUUAACAUUGGCUCUGGUGAUGUGCAUAUUUCUAACAUUAAAAGGGUUGUAGUUAAUAAGGAUCUUUUGGGUUCUGAACACUACAAUUGGUUUGGAAGUUCGGAAUUCAUAUGGUAUGAUGUGUUUGAGAUCAAAUCGGUAACAGAUGUGAAGAACGUGCCGACUGGUAUAAGACUCAAAGGUCUAACAUCAAUAAGAAGCAACUCAAAGGGAAUAUGUGACCAUCCGUUGAGAAACAUGUGUAUAGAAGCUCAUAACCUUGAUGAAAGCUCUUUGGAGAACGUGAGGUUUAUUUCAAAGCUUACUGUUUUGUUUGGAGAAGAUGCUACUGAUCCAAGACCCAAUUGGAAUUUGAAUAAAGAUAUGCCAUUGAGCAAUGUCAGAUUUCCUAGCUAUAUUUCAGAGACUUAUUGGGACAACAAUGGCCCCAAAACUCUUUCUUUGAGCUCUGAUUCAAGUACUACUCAGGACUUGGUACUGAAUUAUAAGCAAAAGUUUAAAAUAGUGCAAUUUGCUGAUCUUCAUUUUAGCGUAGGCGUUGGAAGAUGUAGGGACGAAUUCCCCAAGCACGAUGUUUGUGAAGCAGACCCGAAGACUCUAAAAUUCAUGGACUCCGUAUUAGAUAUUGAGGAUCCGCAGAUGGUUGUUUUCACUGGAGACCAGAUAAUGGGUGAUGAAUGUAAACAAGACUCAGAAUCUGCACUUUUGAAAGUUUUGGCUCCGGUCAUAGCGAGAAAAAUUCCAUGGGCGAUGGUUUGGGGUAAUCAUGACGAUGAAGGAUCAAUGUCAAGAUGGCAAUUAUCUAAAAUUGUUAGUGAAUUGCCCUACUCGUUAUUCCAAAUAGGUCCUAGCGAUACAGAUGAUAAUACAUUUGGGGUUGGAAACUAUGUAAGAGAAAUUAAAGACAACAAAGGGAAGACGGUUACGGCAUUAUAUUUUUUGGACUCCCAUAAGUAUUCUCAAAACUCUAAGGUCUUCCCUGGUUAUGACUGGAUAAAAGAAGAGCAGUGGAAAUAUAUGGAGGAAUACGCUAAUACUCAUGAUUCUAUCAAACAACCCUUAGAUUCUAAACAAUUGUUAUCGAUGGCAUUCUUUCAUAUACCGAUUCCGGAAUAUAGAGAAUUUCCGUCAGAGUACAGCAAUAGAAUGGUAGGUACUUUCAAAGAGGGUAUUACUGCUCCUAAGUAUAAUUCACAUGGUAUAGAAACGCUUCACAAGUUAGGUGUGUCUGUUACGUCAUGCGGACAUGAUCAUUGUAACGACUUCUGCGUGUUGAACGAAAAGGAAAAUAAUAGAGUAUGGCUAUGCUAUGGUGGAGGCACGGGUGAGGGAGGAUACGCGGGUUAUGGCGGGACAGAAAGACGUGCCAGAAUAUUUGAAAUUGAUGCUCAGAAAAAAAAUAUAUACUCUUGGAAGCGUCUAAAUGGCUCCCCAGAGAAAACCUUUGGUCAUCAGAAAUUGGUCAACGAUGGUUCUCCAUAUAUUGCUUGA